AUGGGAGUGGUGCGAGAAUCCAAAGGUAAAUUAGGCUCGAAGAAACUUUCAAAUGCACAUGAUACGGUUUCAAAGAAGCAUGCAAGUGCGGUAAAGAAGGGUCCCGCUAAGCAUGGUAAGCCCUUGAAAGCGAAAGACGAAGUGACCCAAAACCCGACCAAAAAAAAAAUCAAAUCGGUUCGGAUUCAUGAGGUACCAAAUGUUGUUCAAUUUCCAUCAAACAAAGCUCCAGCGUCUUUGAAAACAAUACCGAAAAAGCAGAAGGGCGACGCGGUCGAGAAAGUGUCCGAAAUUGAGGAUGGCGAUGACGAGGAUGCUAACAACGACGCUGAAUUGCUGAGUGGCUUCCCAGACUCGAUCUCGGACGAAGAGGAUGAAGAAGAUGAUGCAAUGACGAAGCAAGCAGGCCUGACCCUCGAGGAAGUUGCCAACCUACCUAGUAGCCGUGGGAAUGCCAGCGUCACGGAGCGACUCGAGAAGGCGAAGAAAAAGAAAAAUCACAAAGAGCAUAAACCGAGUGAGGCUGGCGAUGGUGAUAAGGAUGGCACAAAGACCGGUGUUGUGUACGUUGGCCGGCUUCCUCAUGGGUUCUUUGAAGAUCAACUACGCGCAUACUUCUCGCAGUUUGGGGACAUCAACAGGCUUCGUCUCUCUCGAAAUAAGAAGACUGGGCGCUCGAAGCAUUACGGAUUUUUGGAGUUUGACUCCCCUGAUGUGGCAGAAAUUGUUGUUGACACCAUGAAUAACUACUUGCUUGAUGGACACAUGCUCCAGCUUUCUAUGAUUCCACCUGAGAAAGUAGAUCCAAACUUGUGGGUGGGUGCGAAUCGCAAGUUUCGAACUGCACCAGUGGAUCGUAUGGAACGAGCAAGACGCUCAAGGUCGCGGACGCUGGAAGAACGUGCGAAGGUUAAUCAGAGACUCUUGCAACGGCAAAAAAAGCGUCGCGCAGCAUUAGAGCGGGCUGGCAUUGAAUAUGAUUUUUCAGGGUACGAACUUUGA